GAACGAUUCGUAAUCUAGCCCAUCAUUACUCAAAUGUACAUUUAUAUUGAUAAGAUUUGAAAAGUUCGUAACUAAAUUUAAAACUUCCUGCAUAAUAAACUAGUUUCUCAUUCUAAAAGCGAAUUAAAUGGCUUUGUUAGGUGGAUUGAUACAUAGUUAUUAGACCUAUUGGUGCUUCGAAGAACAUUUUUAAUAUAAAACAUGGAUGACGAUAAACUUAUUUUGCCACCUAUCUAUAACUUCACUCCAUUAAGGGCUCUCAGGGUGGCUUCACGGUGGAAACUGUCGCGAUUUUUAGAUCUUGAAGGAGUACUUGUCGUGUUAAACAACGAUGGUAUUGAUUCCGAUGUUGUGAAUGACUAUAGUGGACUGGCGGAGCUUGUCGGGUUUAACUACCAAGAUAUAAUGAACAUGAAGCGACAGAGGAGCCCGACUACUGAGUUGCUGGAUCUGUGGACAGGCCAAAAUGGAAACGUAGGCGAACUCUGGAUGUAUCUCUAUAUGAUGGAACGUUAUGAUGUGCUAACUGACUGCCGACGGCCAAUAGUGCAUGACUGUUCCGAAUAUGAAACAUAUCAACAACUGAAACUAGACGCAGAGAGACACAACACUGAACAAGAUCCGACAGUCACAACAUCUGAGAUGAGAGUAGAUGAGACAAAAUUUGCCACAUUAGAAGACGUGCGAGACUAUUUAAUGUAUGAGGCACAACAACAACAAAAACUGGACACAGAGAGGAUCAACGUUGAACAAGAUCCGACAGUUCAACGGAGAGGAAAAAGAACAGCCUAUGAUGCUUUCAUAUGCUACACAGCAGAGGAUGAAAAUGAUCGUAAAUUCCUGUACAAAAUAAUUGAGGAACUAGAGGUUAAACGAGGUCUUAAACUCUUUGUACCCGGAAGGGAUGAUCUACCGGGUUCUGCUGAGUAUACCAUUACAGCGUAUCUCAUCGAAAAAAGGUGUAGACGUGUGGUGAUUUUGAUGUCAAGGAAGUUCUUGCAGAGUGAAGCUUGUGACUUCCAAGUAAAGUUUGCACAUUCCCUUUUUCCAGCUGGGAGAAGUAAAAAAUUGAUACCUGUUAUCCGCGAGAAAAACACACAAAUGCCGAGAAUCCUUAGUAUUCUGGGCGUAUGCGACUUCACGAAACCUGAUAUGGUUGAAUGGGUCUGGAAUCGACUCUUCGCGACAAUCAUUGCUCCAACUGGACCUACAACCUAUUUCGAGGAUGGAGAUCCAUCAAAUCCUUUCAAUAUCAGUGAUGAAAGUCUGAGAGAUAUCAAAUAUCCCUCCCAUUGUCGUCUAGAUGAGCACGAGGACAGCUUGAACCAUUUGAACGAACAGUCGAGAACCAGAAAAAGGCCGAUUGAUGUAUGUGCUGAUUCCCAACCGAGAGAACCAAUGGAAUACGACGUGUCUUCAAUGUCCUGGGGCCAACCGACAUCCAACAUGCAGUCACAAUCUCCAUCAUCUGUAAAAAGUAGUUCACUUCCACCGGAAACGAAAGGGAAGUCAUCCCAGAAGGGAGCAACCGGAAGUGUGAAACAAUCAAAACCUGUUCUUGCGAAAAAGCCAGACAAAUUGAAAAAUAAAAAACAAGUAUCUAGUCAGCGGCAGCAGCUUUCUACGUACAGCAAGACGAUUUCCUCUUCAGUAUCCACAGAACAUUUCGUGGCUCUAAGAACUACUUCACGGCGGAAGUUGUCGAGUUUUUUAGAUCUUGAAGGAGUACUUGUCGUGGUAGAUAAUGACGGUAUUGAUUCCGAUAUUGUGAAUGACUAUAGCGGACUGGCGGAGCUUGCCGGGUUUAACUACCAAGAUAUAAUGGACAUGAAGCGACAGAGGAGCCCGACCACUGAGUUGCUGGAUCUGUGGACAGGCCAAAAUGGGAACGUUGAUUCGAUAUGGUUUUCUGAAGUUGUCGCGAUUUUGUUGUUUUACGUGCAUUCAAAUAUUGCUGUCGUUUGCGUCAAUUACAUUAUUAGUGCAGAGAUUUUCAUUACCAAUUUUUCUUCUAUUACAUCGUUUGAUAAUGUAUUAAUGUUUGCAAAUUGCUAUUUUGUUAAAAAAGCAAACAUUUUACAUUAUGUUAUUUUCAUUUCAGUGCAAGAUUGUGUCAAAUAUGAAGAACAACAGAAACUGAAACCAGGGCCUUUAGCUCCUGUGAGAGAAAGCAAAACAUUCUAUGAUGCUUUCAUAUGCUACACAGCAGGGGAUGAAAAUGAUCGUCAAUUCCUGUACAAAAUGAUUGAUGAACUAGAGGUUAAACGAGGUCUUAAACUGUUUGUACCGGGAAGGGAUGAUCUACCGGGUUCUGCCGAGUAUACCAUCACAGCGUAUCUCGUCGAAAAAAGGUGUACACGUGUGGUGAUAUUGACGUCAAGAAUGUUCUUGCAGAGUGCAGCUUGUGAUUUCCAAGUCAAGUUUGCUCAUGCCCUUUCUCCAGGUGCGAGAAGUAAGAAGUUGAUUCCUGUUAUCCACGAGAAAAACACACAGUUGCCAAGAAUCCUUCGGUUCUUGCCCGUAUGCGAUUUCACGAAGUCCGAGAUGGUUGAAUGGGUCUGGUAUCGACUCUUCACGGCAAUCAUUGCACCAGUUGGACCGACAACCUAUUUCGAGCAGGGAGAUCCAUCAAAUCCUUUCGAAAUGAGUGAUGAAAGUCUGAAAGAUAUCAAAUUUCCCUCCCAUCGUCGUCUUGAUGAGCACGAAGACAGCUCAGACCAAAUGCACGUACAAUCCAGGCCCGGAAGUAGGCCGAUCGGUGUAUGUGCUGGUACCCGGCCGAGAGAACCUAUGGAAUACAACGUGUCGUCAAUGUCCUGAGCUCGAGGACAGCUCAAACCACAUGGACGAAAACGUCGGAUAGAUUCUUUAUUACCUCCACAGAUAGGAGAGCAUCAUGGCAAAAUUAUUCAAACAACAAUCAAUACAAAUAAGUAAACUAAAUACAAAUAUAUACACAAAGAGCAUUAACAUGACAAGAUACAAACAAGUACAACUCAGUUUCAAAGAUAAGAAAAGUGAGAAUAUCACCAGCCGAUAUUAAAAUGACCAGGAAUUGUUUCUGUGCAUACAAUAUCAAUUACAAGUACUAUGUGCACAUAUACUUAACUAUAUGUAAACUAUAUGACGCAAUCUUGUUAAAAUUUGGCAUUAACAACAUAUGGAUGGA